AUGGCGGCCUUCUCCGAGUCGGGGCCAGUGUUCAAAUCACGAUGUGCCCAGGUCGGUUUGACAUCUGCGGAUGUCGAAAAACUCGAGAAGGUGGGUGUGGAUUCACUCGCAAAGGUCGCUUUCAUGACGAGCUACACGCCGGGCUCUGGCGAUGACAAGGACCUCAUCGCGGCGUUCGAGUCGGCCCUCGGGACGCCGCCCUCUGUAGGGCAGAAAAGCUCCUUCCGAAGGUUAUUUCAUGAAGCAUAUGCUGUUACCACUUCGGAAAUGAAGAUGCUUGUGGAGCGGACGGAUGAAUCCAUCCCAAGAAAAUUGAGCGUCCCAGAGAGAUCUGAGCGGUUCGAGGUAGUGAGCAAACGCCUUGUGGGCCUUUCGAUCAAGAAUCGUCUUGAGCCUGCUGAUAGCCUCGUCGACUCCUUCGUGUCGCAGUAUGAGCAGGACAAGUUGCAGUUUGUCCCGUGGGAGAAGCUUGUUUCCAAAGAACAAGAGGCCUCAACAGGGGCAAAGCGAGAGCCUUUCUUCUCGCUGGACAGUACGGGCAAGCUCAGGUCGGAGACGAAGGUUGAGGUCCGUGCCGACACUAGCACGGAGCUGCUCUUGCAGCUCGCGCUUCAGAGGCGCGGCAUCGCUAUGGAAAUGGCGAACAUCCUUGACUACCAUCGUCACCACAUGUGGGUCGAGCGCCUUCUUGCAGCGCGCCUCGACGCACCUCCGUCGACGCACAUGCAGCCCACACUUGAUCAGUGUCAGCAGGCUGAUAGGAAGCUUUGGCAGCUUCUCGGAGAAGCGACUCGCUCAGGCAUCCAGCUCAAAGCUGGGGGGCGUCCAUUGGACACCAUCUUCGAGAGCACGUGGCAGUCACCAGAGGUGCUUCAUCUGCUUCAGCCGAUGCCUCGGGCAGCAGGCGCUUCAGUCACGCAGCAGGUGGCACCGCCGCCGAGGCCGCACGGGCCGGGCCCGUAUGAUCGUCCGGGCAAAGGCCGGAAGGGCACAGGGAAAGGUGCCAAGGGCACCAAAGGCAGCGGGAAAGCGUCCUGGAAUGCAAUCUGUGUGGGCCAGAAUACGCUGUCGGAUUUUCACAGGGCGGCCAGCUCUUGCAGCAGGCACUUCCGCGGCCACGAGUCCCACAGGUGGGCAACCUUCCGAGUUGCUCCCGUUGGGCUUUCCGUGUGGAUCCGCCGCUGUGACUUCGCAGUCUACUGGCGCGCAAUCUCCGCCCCAGCCUGCCACUUCUGGGAUGCCAAGGUGUCGCCUUCGCGGCAUGAAAAGCCUUUGUUCUUAGAGAUUUGUAGCGGGUCGGCUAUGCUGUCUUAUGUCGCCAAGGAGGCAGGCUACACUGUUGUGCCAAUCGAUUGGCAUCACAACAAACAACGCUCAUGUGUACAUGCUCUGCAGCUUGAUCUCCGCCUCGCCAGCACGUGGUCAUUCUUGCGGCGCAUUUGCUCAGAAUACCAUGUCGCUUGGAUCCACAUGGUAGAUCAAGCUCGCGUUGAGAGUGCCAACUCCAUCUACGACAACAUGGAGUCCUUCUGCGACUGGCUGCUUCGAUCCAUGCCUCAUAUCCCGUUCUCUGUUGAGAACCCGUUGCACAGCUACCUUUGGCAAUUCCCGAAGUGGGCCGCAAUGGUCCAACGGCACUCCUUUGUCACAUUUGACUCGUGCCGGCACGGCUCGCAACGCAAGAAGGCCACGGCCCUUCUCACCAAUUCUGACUUCCUGCACUGCCUUUCGGGACCCUGUCCCGGCUGCUCCUCGCAUCUCCCAUGGGGUAAGCAAGGUCGCACCUUUGCAACCGCUGCAGCGACAGGGUAUCCUAAGCUUCUUUGUGAACGGAUCAUCUCCUGUGUGGACAAGUCGGCCACCUUGCAGGGCAUUGCGCCGGACCGACUGACUGUUUCAAAGGUCUCUGCUGCACGCGCCGCUGGUCAGGUGCAGCCAAGGGGGCGAAAGUUCCCACCGAUCAUUUCUGAAUUUGCUUAUACCGUUUCCGUUGGCAGCGCGGCAGCCCCCACUCUCAAUUCCAAACAUUGCUUGUCAUCUGCAUGGAACGGCGUCCCUGCAGGUUCAAAGCUCCUCCGGGAGUCAGUGGAGAGGGGAGGUUCGCGACUCCCUGAGGGCAACAAGUUCUACGUGUUCGGAGUGUAUCGGUCCAUGCAGGCCUUCUUGAACGAAGCAAAGCUAGUCGUGCAUCCGUUUGAUUCCGCCAGGUCACUCCCAGAUGAACUUUUGCGAGUCUUGUUCGACACACCCACUAAGGGUCCGGUCGAUACGAUGAAACAUCGCCUUCUUAAGCUGCAGCACUGGCGUGCCCUUGCCAAACAGCUUGAGCCCGAAGAAGAGAAAAUCAGGUCGGCCAUGGAUCCGUGUGUGCGGAAGGUCCUCGGCAACAAGCGUAUAGCGCUCAUGAAGAGCGUUGCUGCAGAAUUGUCGUGGCCUGACACCACUCUCUUCGACGACCUUGCCGCCGGUUUUAAAUUAACUGGUUACUUAGGGCGCACGGGGGUCUUUGCUAGUGACGUUAAGCCUGCCACGAUGGACCUUGAUGAAUUUUGGUCGAGCGCCCCGCUUCGCAGGGAAACUCUUCUUGAAAAAGUCAAGGGCCAAAAGGACCAUGACUAUGCCGAGGAGCUCUGGAACAUGACGCUUGAAGAGUCCGAUAAGUCUGGGAAGAGCUGGCUUGACGGCCCGAUCGAUGUCGACUCUCUGGGGAGCAUGUUCCCCGACGGUUGGAACGCCUGCCGGCGUUUUGCAGUCUGGCAGGGCAAAUGGCGUGCCAUUGAUGACUUCUCGGAAGCUGCGGUGAAUGCGUGCUUCGGGUGUUUUGAACGCGUCACUCUCAAAGCUCUUGAUGAAAUCUGUUGGCUGUGCAUGCAAGUUUUCCGCGCCGCUAAGAAGUCGGGCUUUCUUGAUCUGGAACUCAGCUCGGGUGAGAGACUCAGGGGGCCUGUCCAUACUGCGUGGAAGGACCUCGACCGUGUUCGUCCUCACUGCAAGACAUAUGACCUUCAUGCUGCAUACAAGCAGCUUGCGUUGCACCCUGGGGAAAGGUCGAAAUCCAUUAUCCUGCUCCGGGAGCCCGGCUCCCGCGCUGUCAAGGCCUUUGUGUGCAAUACUCUGCCCUUCGGGGCUUCGGCCUCGGUUAUGCAGUUCAACAGGGUGGCGUUAUUCUUGCAAAGGGUUCUUUGGGAUCUGAGGGUAGCUGUGACUUGCUACUACGACGACUUCCCGACGAUGACUCCCUCUUUCUUGUCGGGCGGAACGGACAAUGCGGUUCAUGCCCUCAUGGACUUGUUCGGCUUCUCCUUGUCCGAGAAAGAGAAGCCGUUCUCAUGCACCGCAGAAACUUUGGGUGUUGUGCUAGAUACGUCUGAUCCUGACAUGGGGCACAUCUUCGUAUCGAACAAGCCUGAACGGGCUGCCAUGCUCGAGGGGUCCGUAGGCCGCAUCCUCGAACAAGGCCAGGUGGACACGAGGGAGCUGCCUUCCCUCCUUGGUAAACUUCGCUUUGCGGAUGCUCAGCUGCUCGGUCGCACGGGGCGCCUGGCCCUUGCUGACCUUAGGCUCCUAGGCGAUAAAGGGGGUGUCCUUCAGCUGACUGACUCACAAUCGAAUGCCUUGGCCGUUCUGAGGGCGAGACUUCUUGCGAGCAGACCCCGCGCCAUUGCUGCGAGCCCGCCUUCGAAUCCAGUCCUCAUCUUCACAGAUGGCGCAUGCGACCCGUGUGAGGGCGGCUUCACCACCGGCGUUGGAGGUGUCAUCUUCAUUCCCAGCAAAGGGGUGGCCAGGGCUUUCGGCUGCAGGGUUCCGGGCAAGCUUGUCAAGCAAUGGGCCGAGGGCAGGAAACACAUUAUAGGGCAAGUCGAGCUUUACGCGGUCGUGCUCGCCAGGAUCUUAUGGUCGAGUUACAUCGAUGGCGAAAGGUGCUUAUUCUUCGUCGACCAUUCCGGUGUGUUGAGUGCCUGUAUCAACUCGAACUCGAUCGAUGCAUCUUGGAGGAGCCUUCUCCUCCAUCUGGAGGCUGCCGACGAAGCACGCCCGUGCUUGCCCUGGUUUCAUCGUGUCCCGAGCCAGAGCAACAUCGCAGACCCACCGUCGCGUGGCAGAUGGGACGAAUUGUCGUUCCUUGGACCUUUCACUCGUGAUACGCCGGCAUGCUUUGUCACAGGUGAAACGCUUGAAGCAACGUAA